UAAAUCAAUGUCAAAUCGACAUUGAUUUUAUUAUCAUUUCUCAUUGUGAUGUACAUUGUGUGAUAACUUAAAUAGUUUUAGACUACAAACCAAAUAAUUCUUUUAUAGAUUUUUUGUCAUUGAAAACGAUCCGCAAACGAAAUUCCUUUAUCAUGUCACAUGUCGGUAAAUUGGAUUUAAAGUUGCCAAAAAUGGCACUUUUGACCUAAAAUAAAUAACUCAUAAAUAUAAUGUGAUAGAAAAUCUUUAUUUACGGAAUUGUUUUUAGGGACAAAAAUCUAUAAAGUUAUUUUGUCUCGAUUGUGAUCUAAAAUUUGUGUUACACCGUAAUAUUACGUGAGUUACUUGGUCUACUUAAAUUUGUUAAAUGUAUUAAUUUAAUCCAGUUUUAGACCACUUUGUCCUAAAAUGGACGUUUUGAAAAAAAUCCAAAAAAGCAAUAUUGGAUGUUUUUAAAACAUUUUUAAGAUAUCCAGGAUUUAACUUGGACGUUUUUAAUAUUUAAAACAUACAAAGUAUAAAUUUUAAACAUAUUUUUAAAAUAUUGCUGUGGUGUCUUUAGAAAAUUUUUUAUAUCAUCACCUAUAAAGUAACAUGCAUAUUCACGAAUAAAAUAUAUUUAUGAAGCAGAAUCCUACUGACAAAGAUAAUAAUAUUAAUUAUGUAUUCCGUUUUGAUACAAAUACAGAAUACAUCAAUAAUAUUUUGUAAAGUUAAAUAUAUUGUAAAUAGCUUAUAAAUAAUAUCUCAUAAUAUAACCGCACGCUAUGACAAACAACAGUGAAGUAAGGAACGGCAACAGAAACAAUUGGAAGAAACGUAUAAGUCAACAAAUAUUACGCCAUCCGCCUAUCGACGAUGGACUACUUAAUUUAUUCCACGACCGCACUAAUAAUAAUCCUCAGCCUCUUCUACGCGAACGCCAAGUACAGGUUGUCAUAUUGGAGUAGACGCGGUGUGAAAAGCCCACCGACGCAUCUGCUCUUCGGUAAUUUCAAAGACUGCAUCACUAUGAAGAAGCCUCCGGCUAGGAUAUUAAGCGAAAUAUACAACAGCGCCGAGCCGAACGAUCCCUACAUUGGCUUUUAUGUCUUCUAUAAACCCAUGCUGCUUCUACGAGACCACGGCUUAAUUAAACAGAUUAUGAUCAAGGAUUUUGAUAUCUUCUCGAAUCGGCAAUUUGGUUCGGGCCUCGAGAGGGACAUGGCAGGCAUGACCAGCCUCCUAUCCAUAAAGCAGCCAAGAUGGAAAUACCUCAGGGCCAAGCUGACUCCAACCUUGACAGGACAGAAACUGAAAAAUAUGAUGCCGCUGAUGGUAGAAUGCGGAAAAUCUAUGUUGAAUUUCAUCGAGAAAUUGCCAACGGCAGACGAGGCUGGACGAAGAGAAUGGGAAGCUAAGAAUCUCGGUGCUCGUUAUUCUAGCAGUGUCAUAGCUUCGCUGAUGUUCGGCAUCAGCAUAAAUUCAUUCGAUGAAAAGGAAGCUGCCUUUGUAAAAAACGGUUUGAAGGUCUUCGAAGGAUUAAAGGGCGCCAUUGUAUUCAUUAUUCUCUUCUUCUUUCCCGAAUGGGAUUUCUUAGUUGCACCGUUUGUUAAACGUCACGCGAAUUCUUUUCGCGAGAUUUUCUGGAACUCCAUGAAUAACAGAGAAAAGCUGGGGUUUAAGAGAGGAGAUAUGAUAGAUUCCAUGUUAGCACUCAGAAAUGGAGAACAGAAUCCCAUUUACAAGUUUGAAGGUGAGAAUUUACUGGCACAUCCCACAAGUUUGUACCUUGUCGGAUUCGAAGCUAGCGCGACUGCAAUCGCUUUUGCCCUAUACGAUCUGGCGCGUCACCCGGAACACCAAGAUACUUUAUACAACGAGAUAAAGGCAUACCUGUCCGGAAAAGAAUUGACCAUGGAUUUGAUUAAUGAGCUAUCUUUCUUGGACAGCGUCAUAGCUGAAUCAAUGAGACUGCACCCUCCAAUACCCCAUACUGAUAGAAUAGCUGCACGGAACUAUAAGGUACCAGGCACUGAAUUAAUAAUCGAAAAGAAUGUUCCAGUGUAUCUUUCUAUAACUUCGACGAAUGAAGAUCCCAAAUACUUUUCUAAUCCACAAAACUUUAUUCCGUUAAGAACAAAGAACAAACAGUUUUAUGAAUUCUUGGCAUUCGGUGUUGGACCCCGAUCGUGUAUGGGACUGAGAUUUGCUCUUUUAAUUGUAAAAAUAGCGUUAAUUACGAUUCUCUCAAAAUACAUUGUGUCUUAUGAAACGGAUAAAAAACAUACUUCACGUAACAAUGAUGCUUUUCACGUAUUAACAUAUGUGGCUAAUGGACUAUAUGUGAAAUUCAAGAAACGUAAUUAAAAAUAGCGUUUUUUUUACCAUCCUUGGACUUAAUGAAACAAGUCUAUCCAAAUUGUUAUAGUUCACAAAUAAGAAAAAAUUUAAAGAUUUAUUAUUUAAAACUUUAGAAAUAAGUGAAAUAUCAAAUAUGUCAAUGUAUAUUAAAUUUCUCUUUGUGAAAUAAACCAUUAAUCUCUAGAAGA